AGCAUCUGCGCCGUUCUCACGUGACGUCGGUUGCAAAUGUAAACAAAAAUCAAACGAUGUAGCCACACGGAAACAAUAAAAGGUCAAAUCUAAAAUGGGGGAACAACUACGCGGAAACCAGGACUGGAUGUCGCAUUUACCCGAUGAGCUGCUUGAUGUAUCGUUGUGGAACUUAGCCAUUCCCGGGAGCCAUGACAGCAUGUCUUUCUGUCUGGAUUUGUCCUCUUCUGUCGUGAAGUCAGAGUCACGGCUCCUCCAAGUACUCGACAGACUUGCUCCCUGUUGGACGCGGCCUUGCAUAUUCCGCUGGGCCACCACGCAGCAAUCUGUCCUCAGUCAUCAGUGUGACCUUGGCAUUCGUUUCUUGGACUUGCGCAUUGCCCGGAAGCCAACAGAGUGUGUCAAGUUAUUCUUUGCCCACGGUAUCUAUACGUGGAUUACUGUCAAGGAGGCGCUGGAAGAAUUGGCCACCUGGCUGGAUGCACAUCCAAAAGAGAUUAUCAUCGUUUGCUGCUCACAUUUCAGUUGUCUGACCCUCAGUGACCACACACAACUUGUUGAUUACAUCAUAUCACUGUUUGGACCCAAGCUCUGUUCUUCACAGGAUUGUCCCACCUUGCGAUCGUGUUGGUCCAAAAAUCAACAGAUCAUUGUUUCCUAUGGAAACCAGGACAUGGUCCAGCAUCAUCCUGAACUGUGGACUGAAAUACCUUACUGGUAUGCUGACAGCACUGAUCCAAAGAAGGUGAUUGCGUACUUGGAGGCUCAGAAGCGCAAAGGAAGACCAUCUGGUUUAUACAUCUGUGGCCUGAACCUGACUGAAAGCAUUCCGUUUGUCUUCCUCCAUCCCUUCCACAACAUGAGGAAGAUUACCACAAAGGCCCUCGCUGUGCUGCUGGGCUGGGUGGCAGAACAACGAGCAGGACCCGAGGUGGGCUCCGUCAACAUCAUCUGCUGCGACUUUGUGGGUGUCUCUGACUUCUGUGAUUGCGUCAUUGGCCUCAACUACAAAAGGGUGGUGCUCAAAGAACACUAGACAUUCAGCACUUUGAUCGGUGUAAUAUUCAAUUACACAUGCUACCUAUAUUUUUAAAGCUUUGUAUAUUUGCAGGAUUUUAGUUACUUUGAAGUGAGCAAGUAUACAGAGUCAUGUAUUGUUAAUGUGAAUUAUAGUGCCAACAUUUUUAUUUUUUUACCUGAGUGGACGUAUGGGGGAAAAUCCCCAAACUCGCACUAGACUCUGGAGCUGAAUAAUGGCUGCUGAUAACAACUAAGGAACUUGGAUUUAUAGCGCUCGUACCGUGACGUCACCAUGUUGAUGGUGCUAUUUUGCCGGUCAAAAAGAUCUGCUCGACAGUGUGUGGGACAUUGAACUGGAGCAGAAUAUUCAAAAUGCCAGAGACUUGUUCUACUGUUGGUUGUCACAACAAAAGAGACAAAUAUUCAAAGAGAUCAUUCCAUGGAAUAUCAGGUGAAAAGAUGAUGGA